CUACUACUUUGGUUUGUUGAUUUUAUUUCGCCGUCUUUUGCGCGCCGUUCGCUGUUACACGACUGAUUGUACAAAUUAAUUAUUUCAAUCUUCUAUAAUUUGUAGAAAUAGCACUGUUAUUCUAUAAUAGUAGUUGUGAAAGAAGACUCUUAUAAUGGAUUUUCUGGAGUACCCAGAAGUUGUGAAAGAAGAGAAAGGUGGCUUGGUUCCAGGACGGCUAAAGCUUACAAAUCAAUCAGUAAUAUUUAAGAACAACAAAACUGGUAAAGUAGAUCAAAUUCAAGCAUCUGAAAUAGAAAGUGUGAGGUGGCAAAGGUUAGCUGCCCACCCUGGUCUGAGAAUCUUGCUUAAAAGUGGAGUAUUACAUCGUUUUGGAGGAUUUCAAGAUGCUGACAAUGAAAAGCUUGGCAAGUUUUUCCAAACAAAUUUUGAAGAAGAAAUUAAAAAUAAAGAGCUUUGCCUAAAAGGAUGGAACUGGGGAACAGCAAAGUUUGUAGGAAAUGUUCUUUCCUUUGAUGUGGAUAAAAAUACUGCAUUUGAAGUUCCACUCACCAAUGUUUCACAUUGUACCAAUGCAAAAAGUGAAGUAACCCUCGAAUUUCAUCAGAAUGAUGAAGCUGCUGUUUCUCUCAUGGAAUUGCGUUUUCAUAUACCCACAGAUCCUAAUGGAACUGUUGAUCCCGUUCAAGCUUUUGUAGACAAUGUUUUGGCUAAGGCAAGUAUUAUUCAAGCUACUGGUGAUGCAAUUGUUACAUUCAAAGAACUGCAAUGCCUGACACCUAGGGGAAGAUAUGACAUUAAAAUAUUUCCAUCUUUUAUUCAACUCCAUGGAAAAACUUUCGAUUACAAGAUACCAUUAGAUUCUAUACUUCGUCUUUUUCUGUUGCCUCACAAAGAUAAUCGACAAAUGUUUUUUGUGCUUAGUUUAGAUCCUCCUAUCAAACAAGGACAAACUCGUUAUCCAUUUUUGAUCUUGUUAUUUAGUAAAGAAGAUGAAACUACUGUUGAGCUCAGUCUUUCAGAGGAGGACAUCAAAGAAAAAUAUGAUGAGAAAUUGCAAAAGGAAAUGUCAGGACCCACCUUUGAAGUCAUUAGUCGUGUAAUGAAAGCCAUUGUCCAAAGAAAAAUUACUGUGCCUGGCUCUUUUAAAGGGCACAGUGGGACGCAUGCAGUUACUUGUUCAUAUCGAGCUGGCAAUGGUCUAUUGUAUCCUUUAGAAAGAGGAAUAAUUUAUGUUCAUAAGCCUCCAGUACACAUUAGAUUUGAAGAAAUUGCAAAUAUAAAUUUUGCAAGAAGUGGUGGAAGUACCAGAUCCUUUGAUAUUGAAAUUGAAACAAAGACUGGAGUUGUACAUACUUUCAGUAGUAUUGAAAAGGAAGAAUAUGGUCGUCUUUAUGAUUUUACAAGUGGUAAAAAACUCAGAAUCAAGAAUAGAGACAUAAAAACUACUAAAGAGAAACCUGUAUAUAAUGAGGAGUUGGUUGAUUCUGAUGUUGAAGAUGAACCAGAUGCAUACUUGCAAAGGGUCAAAGCAGAAGGCCGUGAAAGAGAAGAAGGAGGUGGUUCUACGGAUGAAGAAUCAUCUGACGAGUCCUUUGCACCAGAAGAAAGUGGGAGUGAAGUUGCUGAAGAGUAUGACAGCAAUCCUCCAACGAGUUCCGAUAGUGAUGAGGACUAUGAAGGUUCAGAUUCGGGUGACGAGUCUGAUAAACCCAAACCUGAGAAAAAACCUAAAGAAAAAAAGCCAAAGGAAGCCAAAAAGUCAAGAAGUGCUAAAACUGUGAAAGAACCUGGUAUGCGCAAGAGAAAGCCUAAGAAAGAAAAGGAUGAAAAUAAACCUAAACGUCCUGCUUCAGCAUACUUCCUUUACCUUGCUGAUAAUAGGGAGAAAAUUAAAAAAGAGAAUCCUGGUAUAAGCAUCACAGAAAUAACUAAGAAAGCUGGUGAAAUGUGGAAAGAAGUUACCGAUAAAAGUAAAUGGGAAGAGCAAGCUGCAGAGGGAAAGAAAAAAUAUGAAAAAGCAAUGGCCGAGUAUAAGGCUAGUGGUGGUGGUAGUAAGGCGAAAGAAGAACAAAGGACGCCUAAGAAAGAUAAGGAUAGGAAAUCAUCAACUGUCAAAUCCCCUGCGAAAUCCCCAGGUUCUUUCAAGAGUAAAGAGUACGUCAGCAGCAGUUCUGAUAGCAGUGAUGAUGAAAGUAAAUCACCAAAGAAGAAAAAAGCUGAUUCAGAUAGUGAUGAUAAGAUGGAGAUAGAUGAUGCUGCUUCAGGAUCGGGAAAUGAAUCAGGAUCUGAUUAAUGUAAAGAACUGUACAUAUUUUUUUUUAAUUUUUGUGUUGUUUUGAAUAAAUGUUAUCUUUUUUAAAAA